GAGAAUAAUCCAGAAGAUGGCGGUAAUGCAACGCUCUUGGAUGCAAGCUGCCGUUAAACCUCAAAGAAGAAGAAGAAGAAGAAGAAGAGGAAGACUCGCUUACCGACACUGAGAAAACACAGGACGUCAAUGUCAGUGUUUUACUGAUGGUGGGGAGCAGCUGUUAUGUUAAAUAUAUACUCCCGUCUGAUAGAAAUACUUGUUUCCAUUUUAAAUAUUUAUGAAUCACUUGCGAAGAUGAAACGGCAACGAAAACGUCUGAGUGAAGACUUCUGUGAGUAAUCAGCCAGCUGAAGUGACUGAACCCUGUGACUAAGUUGUCGGAAUGGAUAGUACAAAGCACCUGCAGGGCAGUCUGAAUUCCUUAUAUGUCCCCACACUUCACCCCACCAUGUCUGAUGAGGAGAGGUCAGAGGUCAAGCUUGAGGAGGAGGGGGGCAUGUCACCCCUGCUUGCCCGCCACCGACCACAUGACUCCUAUUACCUUGUCUAUGGCAUAUUUUUCAUGCUGGGCAUUGGCUCGCUGCUGCCAUGGAACUUCUUCGUCACAGCCAAGCACUACUGGCUCUACAAACUAAACAACAGGUCUAGCCCGGCCAGCCACCAAGAGCUCAACACUGAUCUCAGCGAUUACCUCGAGAGCUACCUUGCCAUUGCCUCUACUGUUCCUUCAGUGUUGUGCCUAGUUCUCAACUACCUCCUAGUGAACAGGCUGUCCUCUGAUGUCCGGAUCCUUUUGUCUCUGGCUGUGAUCCUGUUCGUGUUCAUGGUCACUACAGUGCUGGUGAAGUUGGAUGUGUCUGGCUGUAGACAGGAGUUCCUAGCCGGUACUCUGGCCAGUGUUGCACUGGUCAGUGGAGCCUCCAACAUUUUCAGUGGCAGCAUGUUCGGCAUCAGCGCACAUUUCCCCAUGAGGAUAUCACAAGCUCUCAUAUCAGGUCAAGCCAUGGGUGGCACUUUGAGUGCAGUAGCAUCCAUAGUGGAUCUGGCUGCAGCAAGUGAUGUGACCAGCAGUGCAUUGGCUUACUUCCUUACUGCUGACGUCUUCAUUCUUCUCUGCAUCAUCAUGUACCUGGUGCUGCCCAAACUGGCCUACUCCAGGUACUACCUGGAGGCUCCCUGCACUGGCACUGCCACUGCCACCACAUCUGAUAGCUCUUUGUCCACUCCAGAAUCCACCAGCAAUCCAACUGUUGUUUCUGUGCCCCCCCUCAAGCCCAUCAUGGGAAAGAUGUGGACAUUGAGCAUAUAUGUCUUUUGGGUCUUCUUCAUCUCCAUUACCAUCUUCCCAGCCAUCUCCUCGGGCAUCCAGUCGGUGGAUAAAGACUCAGGCAGCCCCUGGAGCAGCACCUACUUUGUGCCACUCACCAGCUUCCUCCUGUACAAUGUGGCAGACUUCUGUGGUAGGCAAACAACCAUUUGGCUGCAGGUUCCUGGCCCGACCAGCCCUGUGUUACCUAUCUUUGUGGCUUGCAGGACUGCAUUUGUGCCACUCUUUAUGUUCUGUAACUACCAGCCUCGGUAUCACCUGCACCAGGUAUUUUUUGCCCAUGACAUCUUCCCUGUGCUGUUUAUUUGCCUGCUGGGGUUCUCCAAUGGAUAUUUGGGCACACUGACCAUGAUGUAUGGGCCCAAGGUGGUGCCACGUGACCUGGCAGAACCAGCUGGUGUGAUCAUGUCAUUCUUCCUGGCAGCAGGGCUUGCGGCAGGCUCUGCCCUCUCUGUUUUGCUUGUCUACAUCUUCUGACAGUAGCAAACUUUAAACAGUUUUCCUAAAAUGGGCUAAAUGUAGGUGUUUACAUGGAACUCCACCGAAUUGUUCAAUUUAAUUGUUUGAGUAUUCUUACUUUAAGGCCAGGUUUAUACUUGAUGCAUUACUAUGUGUGCAGGUAUAGAUGCAGCUCGACAAAUUUUACAGCUUCACACAGUUCACAAAGUUUCUUGCGUCGAAACUGGUCACUUGUAGAUUCAAGGGUGGUUGGGGAAAUGGGGUAAUUUUUUGUACUAAGUUUCUAAUUUGAAAGAAGCAGGUGAAUGUUAAGCAAGUUAUAUUUGGCUGACAGGGAUGAAAAGAAUGAGAAAACCCCAUCCUCAUAUGUAUUGUUAAUUGUUACGAGGCCAUUGACUGACCAAAUGCAGAAAGGAAUGGUCAGUGGUUGGAGGUUUUGGGAGGCAGGGAGCAAACUUUGAAUUUAAUUAUGUACAAAAUAAAAAUAUUACAAAAUAGUUUGAUAGGAAUAUUUUUUUUAUUAAGGUAAAAAAAAAAAGAAACAUAUGUACAUUUGUUUUUGUAAUUCAUUUGAUUUGAGACUAAAUGGACUAAUUCUUGGCAGACGUGCUGCAGUGUUUCAUAUUCUGUAUCAGGUGUGUAUCAAAGUGUGCCAAGAAAACAUUCCCCACACCAUUAUACCACCUCCACUAGCAUGGAUUGUUGACACAAGGCAGGUUGUGUCCAUGAAUUCAUGCUGUUGGCACCAUUUGUGUGCCUCAGCAGAAAUCGAGAUACAUCAGACCAGGCUAUGUUUUUCUAGUCUUCAGUUGUCCAGUUUUGGUGAGCCUGCACCCACUGCAGCCUCAGCUUUCUGUCCUUGGCUGACAGAAAUGGAACCCAACGUGGUCUGCUGUUGUAGCCUAUGUGCCUCAAGAUUCGACGAAUUGUGCAUUCUGAGAUGCUUUUCUUCUCACCACAAUUGUACAGAGUCAUUGUCUGUGUUACUGUAGCCUUUCUGUCAGCUUGAACCAGUCUGGCCAUUGUCCGUUGACCUUUCUCAUCAACAAGGUUUUUCCAUCUGCAGAACUGCCACUCACUGGAGGUUUUUUUUUUUUUAUUACACCAUUCUGAGUAAACUCUAGAGACUGUUGUGUGGGUGUGUGUGAGAAAAUCCCAACAGUAGAAAUACUCAAACCAACCCAUCUGUCACCAACAAUCAUGCCAUGGUCAAAGUCACUGAGAUCACAUUUUUCCCCAUUCUGAUGGUUGAUGUGGAUGUUUCCCGAAGCAGCUGGCCUGUAUCUGAAUGAAUUUAUACAUUGCACUGCUGCCACAUGAUUGGCUGAUUAGAUAAUUGCAUGAAUGAGUAGGUAUACAGGUGUUCCUAAUAAAGUGUUCUGUGAGGUGUAUAUUUUAUAUUUAUUAAUAGUUUUAAAAAAUCGCAUUGAUGAAAAAUCAUUUGAUGAUGAUAUAUUAUUUGAGUCUAUAAUGUAUUAUUAUAAUGCAUUCAUGUGCAUCAAUUUAACACAACAGUUUCACAUGUGGGACAGUGGCCAUGGAAGUCCAAAUCCACUAAGGAGUGUCUAACAACUCCCCUGCCAAAUCAACUAGCCCUGAAAAUGGAUAGCUCUGGAGCGUCGUGCCCAUAUCCGGCCAUCGAAACUGCUACAGCACAGUCUAGAAUUGGGCCACACAGUGCAAGUUAAAGAAAAGGGUAUAUAUGCUCACUGUCCACUUUAUUAGGAACACAUGUACACCUGCUCUUGUAUACAGUACAUGCACAAUGCAUACAUUCAUGUAGAUACAGGUCAAGCUAAUGUUCACAUCAAACAUCAGAAUGUUGAAAAAGUGUGAUCUCUGUGACUUUAACCUUGGCAUGGUUGGUUGUACCAAAUGGGCUUGUUUGAGUAUUUCAGAAACUGCUGAUCUCCUGGGAUUUUCACACACAAGAGUCUCUAGAGUUUACACAGAAUGGUACGAAAAACAAAAAACAUCCUUUGUGCGGAGAGUCUGCAGGCUGAAACACCUUGUUGAUGAGAGAGAUCAGAGGAGAAUGACCAGACUGAUCUGAGCUGACAGGAAGUCUAUAGUAACUCAAUAAGCACUCUUUACAGUCGUGGUGAACAGAAAAGCAUCUCAGAAUGCACAACACAUCAAAACUUGAGGUGGAUGGGCUAUAACAGCAGAAGACCACAUCAGAAAUCUGAGGCUAUCAUGGGCACAGACUCACCGAAACUGACCUCCUCUGACCUCUCUUAUCAACAAGGUGUUUCCACCCACAGCUGCUAACUCAGUGUUUUUUUUGUUUUUCGCACCAUUCUGUGUAAACCCUAGAGACUCAUUGGACUGAACUCUAAGCACUGCAUCUGGUGAAAAACCAAGUACUGCUCAUCAACUAAUACCAUCCCUGUGGCGAAGUAUGGUGGUGGCAGCAUGCUUCUCAGCAGCAAGGAAUACAGAGAGAUCCUUAAAGAAAACCUGUUCCAGAGUGCAUGUGACAUAGACUGUGAUGAAGUUUAACUUUUCAGCAUGACAAAAACCUGAAACACACAGCCAGGUCAAUGCUCAAGUGGCUUCAGGAUAACUCUCUGAAUGUCCUUCAGUGGGCCAGCCAAAGCCCAGCCUUUAAAGCCCAUAAAACAUGUAUAGAGAUACCUGAAGGUGGCAAAUCACAGGUACUCCCCAUCCAGACUGAUGGAGCUUGAGGAAUGGGAGAAACUGCCCAAAUCCAGGGCUUGUGCAAAGCUUGUAGACUCAUCCAAGAACAAUCAAAGCUGUAAUUGCUGCCAAAGGUUCUUUUACAAAGUAGUAAAUAAUGGGUCUGAAUACUUAUCUAAAAUAGAUAUUUCAGUUUUUGAUUUGUGAUAAAUGUCUAAAACUUUUCUCAAACGAGUCAAUAAGGAGUAUUUUUUUUUCUUUUCUGGUUAUUUUUCUUUUUCUAUCCACUAGACAACUAUUAGUAAAAAUCUAACAGCCUGAAUGCAAAAUAUACUUGUCCCAGGUGUCCAGGCCAAUGAUUUGUCUGCCCCGGGUAGCCAUAAAAUAAUUGUAUCAAAGAACACGUUACCUGGGCAUAAACAGCAACAAGGCUCGAUAUUCUCUAUUAGCCUACAAAAUCCAAAGUCCUUGAUAAGUGUAACCAUCCAAGGCAAUAAAAUACACAAUUUUCUAGGCAUAUUUUUUAUAUUGUUUUUAUACUUCUUAAAAAUCUUUUCAUAAAUUGUGGCUGCAGGUGCUGUUGGCAUGCUAGAAUGGACUUUUCUCUGUUGCUGUAUUCUGCAUAUUAAUGGGGUUUCUGAUUACAAGUUGUCUAAUGUUCCCUGUAGAAAACAUGAAAUGUUACCAAAUCGUCUACACAUGUUGCUCUGCUGCUCAGACUUUUCGAACAUAUCUGCACUGGCAGGAGAGCAAAGCAAGCAAACAAGCCGCUUUCUUCUUCUUCUUCUUAUUAUUAUUAUUAUUAUGUAUCAUUAAAAAGAAACAACUAUUUGUAUCAUUAAAAUUAUUUGUAAAUCUAC